UUAACAAAACAAUAUUUAAGCCUAAGGUCUUUUGAGAUGCAUGCUUUAUGUUUCAGACUCUUAUUGUGAAAAGUUAUGCGGUUCCAAUCCAGACGCUGCUGCGCUGCUGCUUGUGGUCUCCGUUAGGGGGCGUGGCCUAUACAAAGGGCUCAGUGACGUCAUACACACAGUAUUAAAGAGCGUCUCCUAGAGAACACAUCUCAGAAGAGAAGAGGUCUUACAUUCGCCGAUAGCUUAUCUGCACACAUAUUAAUCAUUCUUAAGACAUUUAAAUCACAGAAAAAGCAUCAAUGGAGACCAUAAUUUACCAGGAAGACAUAAACUGGCUGAACAACCUUUCGACCACAGAAAAACAUGAGCGAUGCCAAGAUGCCAAGGUAUAUUUUUCUGAAACUAUCAAAAAAAUGAGUCGAGCGUCACAAGUGGUCAUUAAGGCUUUUGAGGACGAACAAAAGUCCCACAAUGAAACCAAGAGAAAUUAUGAGCAGACUAUUGAAACACUGAAAGAGAAAGACUGUCUCAUAAUUUCCCUUCAGGAAGGCAUCGCGACAGCAGAAGCUAAAGUUUUAGCCGCUGAAAAACGGGCAAACGAUUACAAACAGAUGUUUCUUGAAGAACAAAAGGCUCAUCAUGAAGUGAGAAGAUCUUACAAGGAAACAGUGAACACUUUGAUUGAAAACGAUUGUCUGAAGGUUUCAUUGAAGGAACUAGAAAAAGAGAAAGCAUCUCAUGCUGAGACGCGGGAAACACAACAAAAUAUUAUCCUCACUAUUCAGGCAGAGAAAGAGGCGCUCCGUCUUCAAACGAUUAAGGAUGCCGAUGAGAUGGAACGGCGGUUUGGACAAAAAAUACGACAAUUAGAAGAGAAUCUGGAGCAGAAAGACGUUUUGUAUCAAAGCCUCGACGAUAGAUAUAGAGCUGAGCUUUCAGAUGUCAAACAGCUGAUGGAAAAUUUAAACCAGGAGUUAGAAGAGGAAAAACAAAUUCGUAAAGAAAGAGAAGACAUUAUUUUUACUAUUCAGGCAGAGAAAGAAGAUCUCUGUUCCCAAAUGCAGCAGCAGACAUCUGAUUUGAACAAAUUGUACGACGAAACAACGAGAACUUUUAUAAGGCAACUCGAGGAGAAAGACGUUUUGUAUCAAAACCUCGACAAUAAGUAUAGAGCUGAGCUUUCAGAGAGCCGUCAGCAAGUAGAACAUUUACACCGGGAAUUAGAGAAGGAAGCGAAAGCUCGUAAAGAAAACGAGGAAAUGAUUAGGAUUGUUCAGGAUGAAAAAGUAGAGCUUUAUAAUCAGAUGGAGGACAAAGCACGAGCUAUGGAAAGACAGUUUGAAACAGAAAAGAUGAAUUUCAUGAAAGAUCUCGAGCAGAAAGACGUUUUAUAUCAAGACCUGGAACAAAAUUAUAAGAGUGAGCUUUCAGAGAGCCGUCGGCAAGUGGAAAAUUUGCACAGGGAGUUAAAGAAUGAAAGGAAACUUUGUAAAGAAAACGAGGAAAUGAUUAGGAUUGUUCAGGAUGAAAAAGUAGAGCUUUAUAAUCAGAUGGAGGACAAAGCACGAGCUAUGGAAAGACAGUUUGAAACAGAAAAGAGGAAUUUUAUGAAAGAUCUGGAGGAGAGAGAGGUUUCUUGUCAGGACCUCGAGAAAAAGUAUAAAACUGAGGUUUUUAAUAGUAAACGGCAGAUAGAAAGUUUACAACAGGAGAUGGAAAAAGAACGUGAGGAAGCAGCACAAACUAUUUUAACUAUUCAGUCUGAAAAAGAGGCGCUUAGAGUCCAGAUGGCACAGCAGUUAGACGUAGAAAAGAGCAAACUUCAGGAAGAUCUGAACAAAGGAGAAGGUUUAUACCGGGACCUUAGAAAAAAGUAUAUGGAGUUGUUCUUUGUAGCAGCACAUAGUUGCUAAAUCUAUAGAUACCACGCGUCAGCCUGAGGAAGUCUGCAGCCGCAGACGAAACGUAGCGGAAAAACAGGAAACAAAACUGUUUCUGUGUUUUAAACAAAGAACGACAGCAUGGGGUUAUACAUACCACGUUCUGCAGUGGAUGCACACACGUUCUCACUUAGGUCGAGUCCGAUAUGCUCCCACGGCUGAGUCUAAAUGCUCAUUUGUUACAUUUAGUUGGUUUAUUAUAGUUUUUAGAUGCAUUUUUAGUUCAUUAGUUAUAAGAUCAAUAAUCAAACUGUUAGUUUUUAGUUCGUUUUUAGAUGAUUACAAAAUAAGAGAACUUCCAUCAAGGGUGACUAAAUCACGUCCCUUCCCUGACACAUCACCACCUAGUCGUCUGUAAAUUUAAAAAAAAUGACCACACAAGGAUUACGUCACAGAAAACACACCUCCACAUCAUUUCUGUGUGUCCUUGUGCUGCGUGGGGGUUUUCUCUGGGAGCUCCAGUUCACCCCCGACCCAAAAUCCUAACCUAUUGUUACCCUGGUGGAUCUGCUCAGCUUUUCAGCAAUCUUUUGGAAAGAGAUGCAUUUAUCUAGUUACUGCUGGCUCUAAUAUUAAUUAAGGGACCUGCCAGCAUCUGGCAGAGCCCUUAUAUUCUUCACUGGAGCAGCAUGCUCCCCCACAACCAACACUUUUCUAAGCAAUCCAAUUCAAAAAUCUUUCCUCAUGCCUCUGACAUAUUUUCAGAGCUUUGAUCGUCGUUACAAUUCAAAUAUAAAUUCAUUUUUAAGUCAAAUUUGGCCUGUUUUCCCAAACAGCAGGCUUCCCACCAUAGGUUUGGUGGGUUUCAGCUGGGAGCUGACGUGUGAGGACUCCCUCCCACCCAAACUACUAGCUGGGGCCCUUCCUGUGCUGGCGCCAUUUAUUCUGGAAAUUGUCAACAGCAGCCUUUCGACUGGAGUGAUUCCAACCACCUUCAAAAAUGCAGUCGUGCAUCCACUACUGAAAAAACCUGGCCCAGAUCAUACUGACCUUUCUAACUAUCGUCCGAUUUCCAAACCCCGUUUUUAUCCAAGAUUAUUGAGAAAGUAGUCCACACUCAACUUUCCAAUUACUUGGGAGAUCAAAGCCUCCUUGACCACUUUUAGUCUGGCUUUAGGCCUCACCACAGCACAGAAACUGCACACCUUCGUGUAUUAAAUGAUAUCCUGGUGGCAACUGAUACUGGUUCCCAUGUCCUGUUACUCCUGGACCUCUGCUGCCUUCGACACAGUGGACCAUGACAUCCUACUUAGGAGGCUGGAGUUGUGGGUGGGGGUGAAAGGGACCCCACUUCACUGGUUCAGGUCCUAUUUGUCAGAUAGGCAAUUUAGUGUUCACAUUGACACAUUUUCCUCUCCAUCUACCCCACUUCGCCGGGGUGUGCCUCAGGGUUUGAUUCUGGGGCCACUCCUGUUCUCGAUUUACUUAUUGCCAUUGGGGAUGAUUUUAGCAAACCUUGGAAUAAGUUAUCACCUUUACGCUGACGACUGACAGAUUUAUUUGGCUUUAAGUAAACCUGACUAGACACGCCUUCUCGUUGACUGUAUUACUGCAGUUAAAGGCUGGCUGUCGGAGAACUUCCCUUGCCUUAACGAAAACAAGACCGACGCCAUUCUCUUUAAUCCAAUAAAUCCAAAGCAUGCACCUGGUGAUUUCCUAUCUACCAUUUUUAAAUUUCAAAUCUUGUGUAACCAGUCUGGGAGUGAAACUUGUCUCUGAUCUGUCAGUGAGUUCACAAAUUAACGCUACAGUCAGGUCUUGUUUUUUUCAACUACGUCGCAUCUCACGUUUAAAGUCAAUAGUCAAACGACCACAGCUGGAGUCUGUUGUUCACGCCUUUGUCACCUCACAUUUAGACUAUGCCAACUCAGUACUUAUUGGUGUCAGUGUCUCAGCAAUUGAGCGUCUUCAGAGAGUACAGAAUGUGGCGGCUAGCUUCCUGACAAACACCUUUGGACGCUGUCACAUUUCACCUGUCCUUGCACGCUUGCACUGGCUGCCUGUUAAAUAUUGCAUCUAGUUUAAGGUUUUGACCUUUGUUUACAACAUCCUGAAUGGUCAAGCCCCUGCUUAUCUGUCAGAACUGCUUAAGCCUUAUGCUCCAACCAGAAACCUGAGAUCGGCAGAUCUCUUGCUUUUGUGCAUCCCAAAAAUGAGGUAUAAAUCUCGUGGGGAGCGGGCCUUUGCGUUCGCUGCUCCUAAACUUUGGAAUGCUCUCCCCCUUAGUGUUCGACAGGCCCCAGAACUGGGUCGAUUCAAGCCUGUACUGAAGGCCUACUUCUAUCAUUUAGCUUUUGAUCAAUGACCAAGCUUUUACUGUUUUUAUGUUUUUAUUGUGACUCUGUUUUUAACUCUAGUAUGUUUCUUUUAAAUUUUUAGGUUAUUCCUUUUAUCUCCUAUAUGAUUUUUAUCUUGUUUUUAUCUUGGGGUUUCUCCUUUUUAUUACUACUGUACAGCAUUUUGGUCAGCUGCCAUGCUGUUUUUAAAUGUGCUUUAUAAAUAAACCUGGUAUGGUGUGUGUCCCAGCAGAGACCUGAUGUGUGUCCCAGCUGGGAGCUGAUUCGUGACUCAGGCUCAGUUGAUAAAACUCUGUCGAUUAAGAGGCCCACACAGGUGUCUUCAGCUAUAUGAUGCCAUCCGUUGAUGAUGUCAGAAUUAUUUAAUAAAUAAAAAAAAAAAGAAUUCUGAAAGCAUUUUUGUGA